AUGGGGCCCAAUCGAUCCUUAAUCCGGGCUUGCAUGCGUUGUUGGCAAACCACACGUUACGUCAGCGAACCGCACGUCGUCAGCGAACCGCCCGUUAACGCAGAGAACGGCACGUCGUCAGCGAACCGCACGUACGUCAACGACGAGCACGUCGUAACAAACCACACGUGCGUCAAAGAACUACACUUCGUUAUCAAUCCGCUCAUCAAGACCGCUAGGAUGCCAUCGGCACAAUCCCAAUCUUUACAUGGAAAUUAUCGAAGAUUUUAUGGGAAAUGUAUGCUAUUCUAUGAAACAUCAAUCCACUAA